UUCACUUCAUCUUUGAUAAUUGAUCUUUUCCCGGCGUUUGGACCACUUUUAAUUUUACCAAGUCAGUCAUCAGUCAAAUAUCAUUUGCUUUGCGUCAAUCGAUUGUGAGGAUCAUCAACAUUCAGAAUCUUGAAACAAAGAAAAUUUAUUUGAAGUUGGUCUAAUCUUCUUUUCCAGUCAAUUUAAACUUGCCAAUAGUUAACAAUUCGGAGCUGAACACAAAUGGAUUCGAAAUUGGUUGAUAACUUAGAAACAGGUGUAUUCUCAUUACAGGAAUAUUUAAAAAGUUUAUGUAGAGGAGAACAACUCGAGAUGAAAAUAAUUAAAUCCAGGCAAAGGUUUCUUCUCGAAGUUUGUGUGGACUCAUUUGAAUCAGCAGUAGCUGCAAUUCUUGGAGGAGCUGAUAGACUAGAAGUAUGCUCAGCUUUAGCUGUUGGUGGUUUGACUCCGAAUCUAUCUUUAAUGCAAAAAAUUUUCAAUUAUAAAUUGAAUAACAAAUUUUCUGUUUCUUUGGCUGCAAUGAUUCGUCCACGAUCUGGAGAUUUCAUUUACUCUGAAGAAGAGCUUUCUUUCAUGAUGGACGAAAUAGAUCACUUAAUCCCUGUCUGUGAUACCUUCGUUUUUGGAUGUUCAAGUGUCGAUGAAGACGGAAACGUUUGCAUAGAUACCAAAAGCUGUAAAAUUUUAUUAGACCACAUUAAAUUGCGAAGCCAAGGGGUGAAGAAAUAUACCACUUUUCAUCGCGCUUUCGACUUGUGUACGGAUCCAGUGAAAAGUUGCACUAAAUUAAUUGAUCUUGGAUUUGACUGUAUUCUCACAUCUGGAUGUGAACCAACAGCACCUCAAGGAGCAACGAAAUUGAGAAAGUUGCAAGAACUUUACGGUAAUGAUAUAAAAAUCAUGGCUGGCUCUGGUGUUAAGCAGGAUAAUUUGAAAAGCAUGUAUGACACAACAGGACUUUUCUUCUAUCAUUCAUCGGCAAGCAAACAAUUCGAGUCCCGGAUUGCGACUAACUGUGAGCGAAUAUUUCCUUAUGGGGUAGCAAAAUGGCAGACAACAGAUAUAUACACAGUUUACAAGAUGAGCAAAAUCCUUGAUGACAUAGAAAGCAAUCACAAGUCUUGAAAUUAAUUUUUCCCUUUGGAACCAUGGAGGAACAUUUAAUGCUGAUAGCCCUUGACAAUUUUAUAACAACCAAUAAAUCAAUUUAUGAUCAGUUCA